GUGUGUGUUCACUGUGUUGCGUCAAGCCUGCUGCGUGGCGCAUAUAAAGGCGAGGUCAGGGAACAAGCUAUCAAAAUGUAGUUAGGGGGAAAAGUAAAACGCAAGUUACCCGAAAUGGCUACCUUUCUUGUCAUUAUUACGACGAUUCUUCUUACAUUUGGGAUAGUGUGGAUAUGCGGCCACUCACGGAAAAGGCGAAAAGGGGAGCCUCCAUUGAUUACUGGUUGGCUGCCAUUCAUUGGUGUCACGUUGGAUUAUGUUUCAAACCCUUUAGGCUUCUUAAGAGAGACUCAGAAAAAAUAUGGGAAUGUUUUCACAUGUAAGAUUGCUGGGAAGUACUUCACUUUUGUAACAGACCCUUUUUCUUUCUCCAUUGUGAUGCGGCAAAGCAAACAUCUUGACUUUCAGAAGUUUGCUGUUGGUUUUUCACAGCGGGUCUUUGGUCAUGCUGACUUUAACUCUUCACUGUUCAGUGAGAGUUAUAGGGAAGUUCACAGCAUUUUUCGACAGACACUUCAAGGCAUGUCCCUGCAGCAGCUAACGGAGACCAUGCUAGGCAAUCUGCAGAUGGUUUUGGAACGUGGUCUACCAUAUGAGCAUGACUGGCUUGAAGAGGGUCUUCAGAGCUUCACAAACCGCAUCAUGUUUGAGGCAGGGUUUCUCACUCUGUUUGGAAAGGAUGCAGGGUUUCUACAGGCCGAUGGCAUGUCAGGCACCAGAAUAUGCAUGCAGAAAGCGGUGCAAGACUUUUUGGCAUUUGAUCGUGCUUUCCCUUUACUGGCUGCAGGGGUUCCUAUUGGUCUGUGUGCAGAAGCAUGGCAAGCAAGGGAAGCCUUAGCAGAGGAACUGCUACAUGAUAAGCUUCAUCACCGGAACUGCAUCUCAGAUCUGAUUCAGCGCAGAAUGGAUGCAUUUGACCGCAUGCAUUUGGAUGAAACUGGAAAAGCAAGGACACACGUGUGCAUGCUAUGGGCAUCACAGGCUAAUACUCUGCCAGCAGCUUUCUGGAGCCUGUACUACACAUUGAGGUCUGUUGAUGCUUUCACCGCUGCUUGCACAGAGAUCAAUAGGGUUUUGUCAGGUCAAUUAAUAAACAACCAGGACCAAACAAUCUGCCUUUCUAGAGAGCAGCUGGACUCUAUGGCUGUAUUAGAAAGUAUUAUUGAAGAAGCGCUUCGCCUGUCUAGUGCCUCCAUUAUGAUACGUGUUGCCAGUGAUGACUUUACGCUGACACUGGAUUCAGGUCAGACAGCUGAUGUGAGAAAAGGAGAUUACAUUGCUCUUUACCCCCAACUUAUACACUUGGAUCCUGAAAUCUACCCCAAUCCUACAGAGUUCAAAUAUAACCGCUUCCUGGAUGAAAAAGAUCAACGAAAGAGUAAUUUCUUCAAAAAUGAGCGACGGUUAAAGCAUUUCUUGUUGCCGUUUGGUUCUGGUGCUAGCGAGUGCCCUGGCCGUUUUUUUGCAGUAAAUGAGAUUAAACAGUUCCUCGCACUGACACUGUGGCAUUAUGACCUACAGCUCAGUGACUCUGAUGCCACUCUGGUUCCAGACAAUACUCGUGCAGGCCUGGGUAUACUGCCACCAUCACGAGAUGUCCUUCUCAGAUACAGAAGGAAAACCAACACCACCACAGAACAGUUAAGAUAGGAAAUGGAAGUAGAUGGAAAGUAUAAGAUGCAAGAAGGAACAUGAAGACCUUUGCCUAUAGGACAAGUGAAAUGGCAGUCUAUCUAGUUUCUAUAUGGUAAAUGAUGAUUUGACUUUGUAUGAUGGACUGAAAUCAAUGAAAACGUAGCACUCUACAUUGGCCUAUAAUAAUAAAGUCAAAUAAAGCCAAAAAU